AAUCAACUCCUCAGUCCUCACUUCUUCUUCUUCUCGCAUUUCUCCCGCUCUUUUCAAUCCCAUUUCUCCCCCAAAGCAAAAUUGCUUGCAGGAAGAGGAAGAGAGGUCAACAUGAGGGAAGAACAAAUAGAGAAGUUGAGAGGCGUAGUUAGGGAUUGCGUCAGCAAGCAUCUCUACUCUUCGGCAAUCUUCUUCGCAGACAAGGUCGCUGCCUUCACUUCCGAUCCCGCAGAUAUCUACAUGCAGGCACAAGCUCUCUUCCUCGGCCGCCAUUACCGUCGUGCUUUCCACCUUCUCAACGCAUCUCAGAUCGUCCUUCGCGACCUCCGCUUCCGUUAUCUUGCCGCUAAAUGCCUUGAAGAAUUGAAGGAAUGGGACCAGUGUUUGCUAAUGCUUGGAGAGGCUAAAGUUGAUGACAAUGGGAAUGUUAGUGACACCAAAGACUUUAACAUAUUGUAUCUUGAUAAAGAAGGCGAAGACCGUGAAAUUAAUAUUUCUUCAGCUAUAUGUUUCCUGAGAGGCAAGGCAUGUGAAGCACUGGAAAAUCGUGCUCAUGCCAGGCAAUGGUACAAAGCUGCUAUCAAAGCUGAUCCUUUAUGUUAUGAGGCACUGGAUCGUCUUAUUGAGAAUCACAUGCUUACAUGUGAGGAAGAAGAAGACUUGCUUUCAUCACUUUCUUUUUCUCCUGAAGAUGGGUGGAUUGCCUCAUUCUAUUCUUGUUUGUUAAAGAAAUAUGAUAAAGAAACUUCUGUAGAAGCCAAGUUCAGAGACCUAGAAGAAGAAGAUUCUAAUGUUAAACCAUCAAAACAAUCUUUCUUAUGUACAUUGAAGAACAAUACUGAUCUCUUGGCAUGCAAAGCGGAUUAUUACCAUCAGUGUGGCGAGUACCAUAAAUGCUUUGAACUGACGUCAUUGUUGCUUGAAAAGGACCCCUUCCAUCUGAAAGCUACUCUUGUGCAUCUGGCAGCUGCUAUGGAGCUUGGACAUUCAAAUGAACUCUAUCUUAUGUCAUGCAAUUUGGUGAAGGAUUACCCUCAAAAGGCCUUAUCAUGGUUUGCAGUUGGCUGCUAUUAUUAUUGUAUCAAGAAGUAUGAUCAAUCACGCCGCCAUUUCAGCAAGGCUACAACUUUUGAUGUAACAUUUCCACCAGCCUGGAUAGGCUGUGGGAAUGCAUAUGCUGCUCAAGAAGAAGGUGAUCAAGCCAUGUCAGCCUAUCGAACUGCUGCUCGUUUAUUUCCGGGGUGCCAUUUGCCAACUUUAUACAUCGGGAUGGAAUAUAUGAGGACACAUAGCUUCAAACUUGCAGAGCAGUUUUUCAUGCAGGCAAAGAGGAUAUGCAAUUCAGAUCCCCUUGUAUAUAAUGAACUUGGUGUUGUCUCCUAUCAUAUGAAAGAGUAUAGAAAGUCUGUGAGGUGGUUUGAAAGAACACUGGAGCAUGCUCCAUCCCCAUUAACUGAAAUGUGGGAACCAACGCUGGUUAAUUUGGCCCAUGCAUUAAGAAAAUUGAAGAGGUAUGAAGAAGCAAUUACAUACUAUGACAAAGCACUUGCUCUUUCAACCAAAAGUUUGAGUUCAUAUGCAGGUCUAGCAUAUACAUACCAUUUGCAGGAUAAUUAUUCUGCAGCAAUUACUUGUUAUCAUAAAGCAUUGUGGCUAAAACCUGAUGAUCAAUUCUGUAGUGAGAUGCUAAACUUGGCUCUUAUAGAUGAGGGCAGAAGUGGCAUAGACCCGCCCCAAGAUAGAAUGUCGUAGACAUGAGGUAUUAAUUUUAAUCAAGAAUGUAAAAUCUCAGUUGAAUAUUUUGUAUCCUUAUUUGCUUGUUGUAAUGUUUAUAAUCCUAGGAUUAUGUUAUAAUGAACAAACUAUAUAUAGUUCAUUAAUAAUCUAUUCAACUUUUCAAAU